UAUUGAAUCUGUGUUUUAAAUUCACUGCUUCGACUGAGACCUUACAGAUAGUUGUAUGUGUGGGGUACAGAGAUGAGUCAUUUUAAACACUAUUAUUUCACACAGUGUGAGUCCAUGCAACUUAUUAUGUGACUUGUUCAGGAAAUGUUUAUCCUGAACUUAUUUAUGCUUGAAUACUUAUUACUUUACUUUUUAAAUUGAAUUUGUUUUUAAAAAAUCCCCAAAACAUAAUUCCACUUUGACAUUAUGGGGUAUUGUUUGUAGGCCAGUGACCCCCCAAAAAUCCAAAUGUAGUCCAGCUGUAACACAACAAAAUGUGGAAAAAGUCUAGGGGUGUCAAUACUUUCUCAAGGCACUCUAUACAUACUUUUUUUGGGGGGGGGUGGGGCCCCUAAGUGACCGCUUAUGUCACUUAUGCCUGUGUCUGGGCUUGAUGUAGCACUUCCGCUGAUUACUUAGCUAUCUUGCAAAAAAAAUAUUUACCAGGCAGGUCAAUUAAGAAUGAAUUAUUCUAACACAGAGACACAAUAUAACACAAUAUUAUAUUCUAACCCAAUUCGUAUUAUCAUAUUCUAACCAGAUUCUUGAUUUACUGAAUUUCCUAUUGUCAUACUCUAUUAAAAUAAUGUAAUGCAUGGAACAUAAUCAAUCAAUAAAUAGUAUGUCAAGAAUUUAUGAGAAGGGACAUCCUUGCCACUUGUAGACAGUGUCAAGUGUACAAUAUAGCGUUGAGCAUUGACAGUACCUAAGUUAACUACCCGUUUCCCCCAAUCACUCUCUCAGGUGAAGCACAUCUCACUGGAGGCCACAGGAGCUUUGUGAAGCCAGCGGAACACAACACAUGGAGAGAUGACCAACCAAUCACUGUUGAUGAGGGGAGUGGAACCUCAACCCAGCACGUUAUUGUGAUAGAGUCUGCAGAGGCUGCAGGUCCUGGAGUCAAGCAAGAGAGAUCUGAAGGAGAGAAGGACCCACGGCACAGCAGAGACAUCCAGACUGAAACAGCGGCUGUAGCCCCGGAGGACCUUACCGCCGCGCCCCAGGCCAGGACCAGACACAGCAUCUUGGAGGAGGAGGGUCCAGAGGUGCUGCUGGUGAAGGAGGAUGGUUGUGAGGAGGGUCUGGGGAACACUGAGGGGAACAUGGUCAUGGAGGACAACCAGACUACACCCCCUCCUGAACCCACAGAGGAACCGGCUGAGCUGCACAGGACCACACACUGUCUCACUGAGCCAGUAGACAUGGAGGAUGGGAAGCCUGAUCUGCUGCUGGUCAAAGAGGAGACGAUAGAAGACGAACCAGAGAGCAUUGACCUGAGUGGACUAAAGAUGGGGGAGCAAGGUGGUUGGCUGGAGGCUAACAGAGGAGACUGGGCGGCCGUCUUAGAUUUCCAGAUCCAGACGGGUGCAGCCAAGGGCCCAGGGGACAACAUUACCAAGCAGGCCAGGACCAGAGGUGACAUAGUGGAGUCUGCAGUCCAUGAGGACCAGCUGAUAUCUGGUGUUGCUGACGGAAGAGACUGGACAUCUGAGGUGGGUGGUCACAAACCCUGGCCCCAGAUCAAAACCCUGGAUCUGGAGCCAUCACUCUUCCUUCCCGAGUCAGAACUAGGACCCAACCGUGAGGGACAGGGACUCCACCACAACCACUACACAGAACUUAACCAGUGGACAGGUGGACUGAACCACCACAGUCCUGUUGGUCAUCAGAGAAACAGAGGUUCCAGUCUGCAGUCUGGGGCUGAUAGAGAUCAACCCUCCUGUUCCUAUGAUACAAACACCACAGUAUCCAUGAUGAACAGAGCAGGUCACCCUGGGCUUCAGCCUUCACAGAGAGUGAUGGGAGCCCCCCCUGGUGGUAGUCUAUCAGCAAGUCUGUCUUCUCCUUCAGGGCCUCGUCCAAUGCCUGGUGACUUGGUUCAUAGAAGGCCUGGGUCUAGCCUUCCUCACUUACCUCAGGUUUACCCCACCAAUACAGACAGUGUCAGGAUGGGCAUUCACCAUAAGAGGUACCUAGCCUAUAACACAGCACACAAUUCCAACAACACCCAAACAAUGGCUAUAGGUCAAGGAGGGAGCUCAAAAACUCUUGCUUCUACCUCCUCUGCUGUCAUUGGGUCACAAUGUGGGAGGCCGAGCAUUAGGUCGGACGCCGACAAGCCUUAUGCCUGCCCCACGUGUGGGAAGCACUUUGCUGAGGCAAGGUAUGUGAAGCAGCACCAGACUGUUCACACCAAGGACAGCUUCAAUUGCAAAUUAUGUCACAAGAGCUUCUCCUUCCUGAGUAGCCUUAUCAGACAUAGGAGUGUCCACAAUGGGAAGAAAUCGUAGCAGUGUGUCUUGAGAUGUACAUUAGGUGAUAUCUGGGAAUAAUUCUUUAUCUGACAUAUUAUAGUUAUAAUGUUUAGUGUCUUGGGAUAAGAGGGUAAUUAACCACAUACCCCUUUAACUUUGAAUUAUUUAACAGGCUUGUGUUAAUAACUGUUUUUUAGAGAGAUAGUAAACCUAGGCUAGAACAAGUAUAGUUCAAUAUUCUCUGGUCUGAUGAAACCAGGUUUGAACUCUUUGGCCUGAAUGCCAAGCGGCGCGUCUGGAGGAAACCUGGCACCAUCCCUACGGUGAAGCAU